AUGAGCAUCAAGCCCAACGACUACAACAACAACGAUAUUUUCAUGCCCAUUCUCGAAUACAAUGGUAAUGCAUCGUCACCUUUCACGCUCGACUCUGGCUCCCUCGGACCUGGUCCCGAGGGUGUUCUGCUGCAACUCAAAGCAGCGCAACAGGCCAAGAUCUCGACGACAGACUACUUCAUGUACGGCUACGUCGAGGCGACACUUCGACACGAUGCUCGUCAAGGUCUCGUCGCAGCUUUUAUUCUCAUGUCAGACGUGAAAGAUGAAGUUGAUUGGGAGCUGGUCGGAUCCAACUCGUCGCAAGGCCUGACGAAUUACUUCAGCCUUGGAGUACCUGUUCUCAACCACGCUGCCAACGUCAGCGCAAGCAAUUUCAAUGUCAGCGACUGGCACACAUACGGCCUCAAUUGGACUAGCACGCAGCUUCAGUGGAGCAUCGACAGUAAAGUGGUCAGGACAUUGACUCGAGCGCAAGCGGGGAGGGAUUAUCCGCAGACGCCAUCGAGGAUUCAGCUCAGCACCUGGGCAGGUGGAAACGAGACGAACCCACAGGGAACGAUCGACUGGGCCGGCGGAUUGAUCGACUGGGAUUCGCCAGAGUACAAAGCGAAAGGAUUCUACUCGCAGGAGAUCAAACAGUUCAAUGUACAAUGCGCCAGUCUCGGCAGCUUGAACGUCACGAGUAUUUCGGGAUCCAGCAACAGCAGUGGUGACGUGACUUCGUUUGGCUACACGGGUGGCAACUUCUCAUCAUCUACGGGACCAGCAUCAUCUAUGGGACCAGUAUCAUCCACGGGACCAGCAUUUGGAACGAGCACCGACCCAUUAAGAAUUCUUUCGGAUCCAGGUGCGGAUGGGAUUCCUGGCUACCCCGGUUAUGGUCAGUCCGACGACAAAGCAGGUAAAAAUAGCAAAGAUGGCAAGGAUUCGAACAGCAGCAAAGACGGUGACAAGAAGGACAAUAACAACGACGCUGCAAACAGCUCAUCAGUCUCCACUUCGGACGCUCUCAAAUAUGCCUUGCCGAUCUCUGGCGCGAUCGUGGGUAUAGCAGCGCUAUGGGCGAUCAUCGCCUUUGUUCGAAGUCGACACCUCAAAGCACCGGUCAUCAACGCGAUCGGCGUGACGGGCGUCAACGAUCCUCGAUUUACCGGGCCCUCCUACGGAGCAGGGUUUGCCAGAUCGACCACCAACAACGUGGCAGCUUCGGCGUAUCAGGAUGGCGAGCACGAGCCUGCUAGCGUGUAUCGGAAUGAGCCGAACAUGAACCUGAUGAUGGGAGGAGGCAUCAUGUCGGAUGCUGGGUUGACCCAUUUGCAGCGACAGACGACGGGUGGUUCGAGGGUGUCGCGGAACUCGAGCCGAAGCGUAGCGGAUCGAUUGCUAGGAACUCAGGGUAAGGGACAGAGAUACCAGCAGCUGGAUGCGACGCUGGAGGAGGAAGCAUAUGACGCUCCGAUCAUCCAUCCUCGGGGUGCGAGCGCAUAUCGAGGCCACGCGUACGAGCAAGCAGCGCAGGAAGCAGCCUACGAAGAAAGCCCUCGCACGUAUGCCGAUGCGAACAGCUACUACCACACCCCCACGACCAGCCCUGUCAAGAGCAACGCCUAUACAGCAAGAGGCUACUACGAGCCAGCAUCAGGAGCAGCAGAGACAUCCUUCGAAGCAUGUCAAUUGCAGUCGCCACAACGACGCACUCUGCCGGUCACGCCGUACACACCCAACUACGCCUUUUCGCCGACAGCGCCGCCACGACCGUCGGGAAGAAUGUACGACACGCCCAACGUCAACUACUAUCCGACACCGAUGAUGAUGCAAAGCGAGGCGUACACACCCGCUGCUCCGCUGGCUUACGGUGCCGCUCCCCACAACUAUGCACCUCCGCCGGCGGACGGGUAUUACUAUGGUGGAUACGUUCCCACACCACCGCCGAGACGCCAGUGA